UAUUAAAAAAAAAUAAUGCAAUCAUAUUCCUUAUCUUUAUUCAGAUACUUCAACAUUCGCGUCCCUUACCGUAUGGCAUCUGAGUUUUGUGAAAUGGUUACUCCUUGUGGAAACGGUCCCUCUAGAAUGGGUGCUCUAGCUUCAAUAUCGUCCCCUAUCGAGAACCAUGAAGUCUACCGAAUGGUGGCAAGCUUCUCGCAAGACAACCAGAUGGAAAACGAAGUCUGGCUUGGAUGGAACACUCAAAACCCUAGAUUCUGGGAAGAUGGUACCCCAGCUUAUCCAAAUGGAUUCGCUGCUUUCACCAGUCAGGGAGUUAUACCUCCUGGCCGUCGUGGUAGACCUGGUAUGCCUACAAGUGGAUGGCCCGUUAACCCUGCAAACCCAUGGACACCACCUCCAGGUAGGGCUCCCGUCAUGAAGCGUCAGCACGUAACCCCGCAACAACCAGGUCAACGACCAAAUCUUGGACCAGAGUGGGACCUAGUGGAGGCAACUGCCAUGCGUGCUUUUGUCUGUGAGGUAGCUGCAGGCCAAAACAUCCCCCCUGGUCAACAACCUGGCUUCGGUGGGCAACAACCUGGCUUCGGCGGACGACAACCUGGCUUCGGUGGGCAACAACCUGGCUUCGGCGGGCAACAACCUGGCUUCGGCGGGCGACAACCUGGCUUCGGCGGGCGACAACCUGGCUUCGGCGGGCGACAACCUGGCUUCGGCGGGCAACAACCUGGCUUUGGGGGACAACAACCUGGCUUCGGCGGGCAACAACCUGGCUUCGGCGGGCAACAGCCUGGCUUUGGGGGGCAACAACCUGGCUUUGGCGGGCAACAGCCUGGCUUUGGGGGACAACAACCGGGUUUUGGUGGGGGACCACAACGACCUGGCAUGGGGGGACAGCCAAACAGUCCAAACCCGAGGUUCAACAGACCCCGUAUGCUCCAGGAAGCUGAAACUGAUGUUACAGCAUAAGACUCGAACUCAGAUUGAACUUACUACUCUCACAUUGUUAUUUUUAAUUUCUCUUCAACUAUGUGUUUAUAUUCCUACAUCAUAAACCGGAUUUUGAUGACUCUGUGAACACCAAAUUGUUUUAGGGUGCCCUCAACGCAAUGUUCCAUGUUCAAUCUGCGAAAGCACUUCAUGGUAUUUUUUGCAACCGUGUUAAAGGAGCGAUGUGGUUUGUGCAGGUACGCUAUCGGAGAACAGUUACAGAAUACAAGCCUAGAAGGAUAACAUACGUUUGAACAAUCUGUUUGAAUUAUUAAUACUAAAGGGUCUAUGCCUUAGCCGGUCUAUUCAUUUUGUGGCAUAGGCCUAUUUAAAUUUGUUUUCUUUUUUGAAAAGGACAUUGGAUAUGAUUGUAAAGAUUUAAAUUUUGAAUCACGAUGAAGUUAAUAAAAUUAAUAUGUAAUAUAUCAUAGUAAAACAA